AUGAGGAGCUUCGUCUUGAGCACAGCUUUAUUUCUCUCCAGCCUCAGCUGGAUCUCUGUUUCAGGUUUUGAGUUUCAGACUGUGGAGGUCCAACUUGAUGAAGAAGUCACGUUGAAGUGCUCCAACAUUUCGAGUCAUCCAUCACAGACAGACUGGUUCAAGGUUAUCAACAGAACUAAGCCCAGCUGUAUUGCUGCUAUGUAUGGAUCUCAGGGCAAAGCUUCUUUCUGUGAUGGAUUUCGAAAUGGAAAAUUCAAUAUGAGUUCCAACAACACCUCUGUGUUUCUUAAAAUCACACAAGUGGAUUUAUCUGAUGUCGGGCUGUAUUUCUGUGGAUUUUACGUGAAUAAGCAUACGGUCAUUUCCAAUGCAGUCGAGUUAAGAAUUCAAGAAGAGCCUGGUAAUACACAUGUGAUGAGCAUCGUCCUGAGUGGUGUGACUGGUUUAUUCGCUGUGGUGGUCAUUGUUCUGGUUCUAAAAAUCCUGAACCUUCAAACUGAGUCUGAUAGAAUGAUACACCCAAUGAACAUCAUCCCAGGUAGUCUGACUGGUUUACUUAUUAUACUGGUCAUCAUUCUGGUUUUAAAAAUCAAAACACCUCAGACAGAUCCCCAACCAGGAAACAUCAAGAAUAAGAGCUCAGAUGACCUGAACUACGCAGCUAUGAGUUUCCAGACAAAACUCAAAAGAAGUCGUAGGCCUGCGACACACAGAGAGCUGGAGUCUCAUGUUGUGUAUGCUGCCACACGGUAGACAAGGAAGUGGAGCUCAUGCUUUAUCAUAA